UAAACACUGCAUUGUUCGAUUUAAAGAGGUAAUGAGUGCUAUCGAAAAUAUGAUUAAGUACGCUUGAUACAGUGGCGACGGAUUGUUUAUUUGCGCAAAAUGGAUUUCCAAAUAAAAAUAGUGUUGUUUUUUGUUGCUUGUGUGUUUGGUGGAACCACAGGUCAAUUGCGUUGCUACACCUGUAGCUUUUCAUCAGUGGACUCCAAUCAGGAUUGUCUCGUCAUAACAAAUGACACUAACACUGUUGACUGCCCGCAUACAUAUUGUACCAUUUUGAGACAAGAAUAUGUGGAUCCUGUAGGUGAAGUCGCUAGUUUUACACGUGGCUGUUCAAGCCAACCUGAUUACCUGAACCAUGAAAUAAUUGAUUCUACCUUCAGGACAUUCUACAGGGCCUGUACGAGUGACCUUUGCAAUAUCGGUAACGGUAUACAAUCAGUGGUCGGCGGCAACUUAUCUCCAACACGUGAAUACAAUGGAAAGAACCUCCUCGUACCGGGUACAGGUGGCGGCUCAGCUAACAUAAAAAUAAGCUUUUUCAUUUUAAUUCUAAGUGUAUUUUUUGUUAUGAACAUUACAUAAGCUUUCUUUUACAGUAA